UUUUUUUUUUUUUUUUUUUUUUCAAAAGCGCGUUCUACCUCGGACUUUCGAGAUUAUAGUCUUUGAGAGUUCGAAGGUCGUGCGCUUGCGAAUGAAAAAUGAAGUCGUCGAUCGGAUUCGUCGUAAAUUUGACAAAAAUGGACUAAUUGAGAUUUCUAUUUUACUCGAUUCAAGUCUCCCCGACAGUCGUCCUCACGCGCGCGCCCUAGAAUACAAAGCAGGCGAGCUUUCGAAAAAUCAAAAUCAUUAGUAUUCGUUUUACAAAUUACAAUCGCAUUCGUGACACGCAUUAUUUAUUUCGUAGCAAACUGUCAAAAAAUCACCAUUGCGAGCUUGCAGGCACAAAGAGGAGAAAACCCUCUCCAAAGAUUCGCUUGCGAUAUUACAUCAAAUUCCCCCUCCCAGUUUAUCGAACCCCAGCAGUCGUCCUCCACCCCGUGCCUUUGUCCUACACAAUGUGUUACUUACUUCCUCUCUCACCCCCUCGUCAGAGUGUGUUGAACUUGAGUGAUCGGUCGCGGAGGUGGCGCUGCCGUCUCGCUGCCGGAAUCACCGAGGGAAAGCUGCGGCGCGAAACAUUCAGUUAGCUCCGAGAUUCGAGCAGACGAGCAUCACCUCCUCAGCCAAGCCGAGUAUUCUUGCUCGCUUUAUUCGCCGAAUAUAUCGUUGAAAGAGACUCUGUCGCAAUCGCUCGGUUCAUUUUUCCGAGACAUCGGUAUACGAGCAGCGUAUAAAAUCUGUGUCCAGUGGUGUGCGAAAAGAAGCUUGUGCGCCGUGUUCGUCGAUCGUAUCAUGUGGAGUCAGGAAAAAUCGGCAGCGCAGACCAGGAAAAUCGAGAGCCAGAUAAGCGGCCAGGCAGACUCGGGUUUUCAGUCGCUCGCCGACAGUUGCACAGCAUCCAUGAGGGCCUGCAGCGAGAACGCCGAGUGCGAGCUCAGCGAGACCUUCAUUCGCACUUUAAGUUUAAAGCACGCGAACAUCAACAACUUGGAUAUGGGCAAGUCGCAGCACAAAUCCGAGCCGAUCGUCAACGCGAAUCGGCUCGACUGUCCGUGGAACGAGAUAGACAGCGACAUGCUCCGGAACUCCUACGAGUUCUUCUACAAACAGGACAGCAACGGUGACACGCAACUGCACACCUCGAUCACGAUGAACCACGUAGAAGCCUCGCUCUGGCUGAUAAACCUCGCGCCUCAUCCGUGUCUCCUCGACAUAAUCAACGACGAGUCUCACACGGCCUUGCACUUGGCCGUGAUGAUCCGCGAGCCGCAGAUCGUGCGCCGACUAGUCCUCGCCGGCGCCAAUACGACUGUGCGUACCCGCGGUGGAAACACGCCCCUUCACAUGGCCUGCUCUCACGGCGACCUCGACUGUGCCAGGGCACUCACGGAACCGAUAACCAAAUCCGAGAUGAACUGGACCGCCGGCAAGCCGCAAUUCUCGCCCGCGAACCUCAACAUGCGCAACUAUACAGGCAAAACGUGCUUGCACAUCGCAGCGUCUCGAGGACACGUGGAGAUGGUGGAUCACCUGCUCCGAGUUGGAGCCGACGUCAACGUGCAGGAAGGUCUGGGCGGAAAGACAGCGCUGCAUCUGGCGAUAGAGAACGGACACCGACAGGUCGUGCACUUUCUGGUUCGGGAACGACGCUCGUGCCUCGAGGCCGUCACCUACGGCGGCGAGACGCCUUAUCAGAUAGCGCUCGACGUCGACCGACAGCUCGCCGAGGAACUGUUGCGUUUCGGAGCUUCGCCCGUUCUCCGGUCGGACGACAGCAGCAGCGACAGUAGCAGCAGCAGUAGCAUGUCCGAGGACGACUCCGACGACUGCCUCUGAGACUCGCUGGCUAUUUUUAGAGCGAAAGUUUUCGGCUGCGGCGCAGCUCGACGUCGUUGUUUUAAGAGCUAGUACUUUCGAGCGCCGAUAGUCAUGUGCGCGGGUAUAUAGCAGUUGCCAAAUGAGUAUUUUAGUAUAUAGAGGACUGUACUCCACCACGUGGGCAGUCGCUUCUUGUAAAUAGUAUUAGAUAGGUAGAUUUUUUUGUAAUUCAAGUGUCGUUAUUAUGCUCUUUUCUUUUUUUUUUUGUUAAAUUAUAUGCGAUGAUUUAUCGCGCGAAAUGUAUCGGGACGAGGAGAACGAAAAUCGAGCGACGCACGGCUAGCUUUAUUAUCGCAUAAUUCGCUUACCAAAGUCGGUAUUAUAGUUACUACUAUAAUAUACUAUACGUAUAUAUUUAUGCUGGAGCGACGAAAAGAGAACGUGGACAAGACUGAUUUUUUAAACCUUUGUAUACGAGAUUUUCAUCGAAAUUCGUAGAAAAAAAAACAAGACUAGACAGUUUAUUUAUACAUUGUCCGCUAGAACAAUCGGAAUCAAAUAUCAUGUGGGACUUCAUGAUCCUGUACAUACAAAAGUAGAGUAUCUUACGUAUAAACCUACGAACAGGUUUUCAAAUAUACUCUCUGUAAAUAGUAGUUGUAAGUUAGUAUAUAAGAUUGCUAAUUAAAAAGAAAACCUUAUUUAUAAAAAAAAA